CGUGCACAUGUUGGCGUGUUGGCGCCAAAUCUUUUGUUUGUUUGGUUAUGUUAUCUAAUUAUUCUUGAAGUAAUAACAAUAUUCUAUUUGAUUUUCUUUACUUACAAAGAUAGGAAACUGAAAUUUUGUAUAAAUAUACUUGGACUAAUCACUUUAAAAUUAUUAGAACUACAUAAUCUCGCUGUAACUAAGCUGUCAAUCAUGACCACUAAUGGUUUAAAGGAAAGCCAAGGUGAUAAACCAGGAGAUCAAACCAAUUCAGAUGAACUUCAGUACUUGAACUUGGUUCAAAAGGUUCUAGAUUCUGGUUACAAGAAAAUGGAUCGAACCGGUACAGGAACCCUCUCACUCUUUGGAGCACAAAUGAGAUUCUCUCUCAAGAAUGGAGUUUUCCCUCUACUUACCACAAAGAGAGUCUACUGGAAAGGAAUCGUCGAAGAGCUACUUUGGUUCAUCAAAGGUUCGACAAAUGCCAAAGAACUUUCAGAGAAGGGCGUUCACAUCUGGGAUGGGAACAGCUCCAGAGAAUACUUGGACUCUCUCGGAUUCACUGAUAGAGUUGAAGGUGACCUUGGCCCAGUUUACGGCUUUCAGUGGCGUCACUUUGGAGCCGAGUACAAGGACAUGUUCACCGACUAUAGGUCGCAGGGUGUCGACCAGUUGCGUGACGUCAUCACCAAGAUCACCACCAAUCCGGACGACAGGCGCAUCAUCAUGUGCGCAUGGAACGCCAGCGACCUAACCAAGAUGGCGCUGCCGCCCUGUCACUGUCUCGUGCAGUUCUAUGUGGCCGGCAACCAGCUCAGCUGUCAGAUGUACCAGAGGUCGGCCGACAUGGGCCUAGGUGUACCAUUCAACAUAGCCAGCUACUCGCUUCUCACAUACAUGAUAGCUCACGUGACGGGCCUGGAACCAGGUGAAUUCGUGCAUACGAUAGGCGACUGUCACGUUUAUUUGAAUCACGUCGACGCACUCAAAGUUCAACUGCAGCGUGAGCCACGCCAGUUUCCACAGUUGAAGAUUAAUCGAACCGUCACCGACAUCGAGGACUUCAAAUUCGACGAUUUCGAGUUGGUCGACUACAAACCCUAUCCUAAGAUCGAUAUGCAGAUGGCUGUUUGAAGUGAUGCAUUGAAUUUGUUCUAAUAUCAAGAGUAUACUUGUACAGUAUUUGCCAAACAUAAUUAGGGAGUUGAUGACUGAUCAUUUGUGAAGUGAUAAUGAAUGAUGAAGUUAUUUGUGUAAACCGUCCAGAUUGGAUUUAAAAAAUGAUACGCACAUUCCAAAGACUUAAAGUGUUUAUGAUGUGAUAUGCAUCAACAUUGACUCCAUCUAUGUGCAAACCAUUUUCAUUUAAUUGAUUUUCAGUUCGAAGAUGAUAUAGAAACGAUUUUAGAAGUGAUAACAUUCUUCUUAUUAUUUUAGAUUGAAAUACCUUCAUGUAUUUUUAUACACGCUGUAAUAAUAAUAUCGAGUGACCUAGGAGUUUUACGCUGUGAUAGGAGAUUUUUGGAAGAUAAAACCUCUUUUUUAGAACA